UCACUUCCGAGUGAAAGCAAAAACGGCAAAAACCCGCGAAGAGCAAGGAGUAUUGUUUCGUAUUCGUUCGUAUGUUUUGUCGUUCCCACGCAAGAAACAACAGCAUAACAGCGCUACUCAAGGCUCCAGAAUGGUGACAAGAUGCGUUGUAGGCUUCGCAGACGCUUUGGCCUGGCGCCCAGUGAAUGUGGUCAGCACGUCACCCGAAACCAAAUUCUGCAGCCUCUGCGGCAUCAUCCCUAACAAGAUAAAAACCUUACCUUGCACUCACUCGUUCUGUGACAACUGUUAUGAUGACAUGCAAGCCCAGAGUGAGCACAAGUGUUGUAUCGAUGGCUCAAAAUUUCUUUGGGCUGAAGACUGGCACAGCUGCAAAGAGCAAGUCCUGGAGAUGACUGUCUGUUGCUGGAAUGCUGCCUACGGCUGCGAAUACGUGGGACCGAUCUCGAGGCUUUCAGAUCACUAUGCACGGUCGUGCAACUACCACUUCGUUCCGUGUUCAAGAUGCAGUGAGCUGACGCUGCAAAGCAAGAUGCUGUACCAUUUCGAGAACACCUGCCCUGUCAAGCUCAAUCUGCAAUCCGUCAAAAGGUCACCCGCAAAGAAGAACGAGAGGAAGAAAAGUCCUGCCCAGGGGACAAGUGCCAAGACACACGUCCUGGACAGAGGGGGCAAGAUACAGCCAUGCCAUUCCUGCACGGACAUCGUAGCACACGUCGCCCAUCUCUUCCGCACAUUUCUGGUGUGUCUGAACAAUAUGUCUCAGACAGAUGACAUUGUUGUGCAGCUAUCUUGCUUGAACUCUAUCUGUGAGAAGGGUAUGAGUGACGUCAUUGACAUGUGCGAGAGACUCCUCGAAGGAGUGGAACUGAGCGUGGAACCAUGCCCAGACAGGAUGAUACUGGGUCAUGGUCAAGUAAUAAAAUCUGACACAAUUCAUACAGAAGAACAUGGCAAUGCAAAAGUGAAUGGGGGAACACAAUUUUCCCUAGUGUGCCCGGCUGACACGCUGAAGAAGCUGAUGGACGCUAUAGGUAACGCCAACACUAAAAUGGUCGAUAAGACAACAGAGUUUGAUGCGGACGUGCAGGAUUCUGGUUUGCUCGAGGGAAGUUUGAAUGUUAACUAUGCUGUGGAAAAAGAAACAACUGAAACAGGAUCUAGAUCACAAACUUCAUGCUGUUUUGCAGAUGCUGCUAUGCAGUGCAGUAUUGGGGUGCCAGAUAAUGAAAAUACAAACACAAAGUCAAGAAAGACAAUGGCGGCAGAAGUUAUACUCUACACUACUGAUGACGUUGCACAUUUGACAGAGACCGCCGAUGCUGCGACACAAAGCGAGGUGUUUCUGACACACGAGGCUUGUAGAGGAAAUGCUGAUAAAUGUGUUGCAGACGCUGAAACACAGACGAUGUGGCUCACUGCUGCCACUGCAACGCAGUGUGGCAGACAGCAUUUGCUGAAGGACGUGGCCUGUGGGGCUGACGAAAUCAUUAGCAGGACAACUCAGUCUGUUCAGACUAUCGACCACGGCAUCCAGAACAAAGCCUGCGGAACAGAUCUGCCAUUUUGCAGAACAAGUCUAGCAGAACACAAGAGUGAUUUCUGGAAACUUGUAUCUACUGUUGAGCGUGCAACGCAGUGCACAAUCUUGACAGAUAAGAGGACAGAUGCUGAAGAGGAUAACCGUGUGGGAAAGAGAAUAAAGAAGCUGACGGACACAAUGGUACUCGUGAAACAGAUGUUUGAAGCCAUGGUAUGGUGCGUACCGAGAUUUGCGGCAAUAAAAGCCAGGGCAAACGUGAAAGGCUCCGCCAGGUGCAGCAGCGAAGUGUUUGUUAUCCGCGGCUAUGCCGCACGUCUGCAAGUAAAGCUAAAGCUGGCAGACGACAGUAUGUACCUUCAGUUGUUCCUGAUACUGUGCUGUGGGCCCACAGACGACGAGCUGGAGUGGCCUUUUGCCAAGCGCUACAGGCUCUUGUUAAUUCACCCGGAGAACUUUUGGCAGAGCAUCUCGAGCGAGCACGAUCCCACAUCCGGAGAUGGCAGCUACCAUCCACUUGCGAGGCCUGACGGUUUGCACAAGGUCGGAUGGGGAAAUAAGCGCCUGUAUGAUGUACAGAAAGCCGAGGCCGAAGGGUUCAUCGUGGAUGACUCGCUUAGAGUUGCCGUCGAAGUUGUUGAUUGACGUGGUGGUUCUUGGCUGUUGAGGUUGCACAGCAGCAGGAGCUGUGUAGUGUGUGGACACACACUGCUUUUUUUGCUUCUUCCGAUAUAAUAACUGUGAAUUGCUACAUAUAUUUUUUACACCAGUUUUCCUGCAGUGCAUGAAGAUCAUGGUUCAGUUUUCUUUGCCUGGUUCUCUACCACGCUAUGCGAGUAUAUCUCACGGUUGUCGUACUUAAAUUGUAGUACGUAGUAAAAUUUGGUAUAUUAAGUAUCAAUUUACGUACACGUAAGUGUCGGUGUAUAAACCUAAUCGCUGUGAUAUCAUUUAUAUUCAUUUGCUCAUGCUUUUUGAUAAAACCUGUGUCAGGUAUAUUUGCACAAUAAACCAUAUUUCCCAAUA